CAAUGUCAAGCAGCAGAACUGACAGCAGUAGCCAGGAAAGGAAUUUGGUUCAUGCCAUACAACAAAGGUGCUGAUGUCAACGUUACUGAUAAUGAUGGCAAGACUGCUUUGUUUUAUGCCGUUAGGCAAAAGAACAACAAACGUGUGGUUCAAGCAUUGACUGAUGCACGUGUUAAUGUCAACAUUACCGAUAAAGAUGGCAAGACAGCAUUGUUUUAUGCUCUGGAGCAAAAAAACAGCGAAAGCGUGGUGCAAGUACUAAUUGAAGGUGGUGCUGAUGUCAACAUAACCGACAAAGAUGGCAAUAAUGUCUUACUUCAUGCUCUCGGGAAAGAUUACUUUGAAAGUUUGAUCCUUUCUUUGAUUGAUGCUGGUGCUGAUGUCAAUGUCCUAAAUAAAUCCCAACAAAGUGCUUUGUAUUUUGCUGUACAGCAAUGCGACAACGAAUCUGUGGUUCGUGCCUUGAUUGAAGCUGGUGCUGAUGUUAACCAAACUGUGGUUAACUCUUCAACUGCAAUGUUUGUCGCUGUCAGCUUAAGUAGCAAUGAAGGUGUGGUUCGUGCCCUAAUAAAUGCUGGUGCCGACGUCAACAUAACCAAUAAUGCUGGUCAAACUGCUUUGUUCAAUGCCGUCUUAGAGAGAAACAACGAGAGUAUGAUACAUACAUUGAUUGAUGCCGGUGCGAAAGUCAAUGUAGUUGACAAACAUGGUGGUACCGCUUUCUCUUAUGCCUUAACUAGAGGAAACACUGACAACGAAAGCACGGUUCUUGCAUUGAUUGCUCGUGGGGCGAAGGUCAACAUAAGCAAGGAUGGCAAGUCCGCUUUGCUUUGGGCAAUCGAACAAAAAUGUAGCGAAAGUGUUGUCCGUGCAAUGAUUGAAGCUGGUGCUGAUGUUAACAAAACUGACUGUAACAACAAAACCCCUUUGUAUGAUGCCGUUCAAUACGACAGAAACGAAGGAGUCAUCAGUGUAUUGAUUGAGGCUGGUGCUGAUGUCAACUUGAUUUAUGAUGGUGGGAAAACUAUUUUGUUUUAUGCUGUUGAAAAAUAUAACAACGAAGGUGUUGUUCGUUCAUUGAUAGAUGCUGGUGCUGAUGUAAACAUUUCUUCUAGUGAUGGGAAAACUAUUUUGUUCUACGCCGUGCAACAUUAUUACAACAAAAAUGUGGUUCAGAUGCUGAUUGAUGCUGGCGCCGACAUCAAGGUAACUGAUAUGAAUGACCAAACUAUUUUAAUUCAUGUCGUUCAAGUACGUUAUGAUAUCGACGAGGAAAAGGACGAAAAAGCUCGUGUAUUGAUUGAUUUGGGAGCUGAAGUUAACAAUAGGGACAAAUCGGGUAAAACUGCUUUGCUCUAUGCCGCACAGUCCAAUAAUGUAAACCUAGUUCGUGUAUUGAUUAAUGCUGGUGCUGAUGUCCAUGCCACUGAUAGUGAUGGUCAAACUGCUUUGCUUUAUGCCGUCCAACAAAAUGACAACGAAAAUGUGGUUCGUGCACUGAUUGAUGCUCAAGCUGAUGUUAACACAACUGACAAAUAUGGUUAUACUGCAUUGUUUCAUGCCGUCCAGCAAAGAAAUAACGCAGAAAACGUAGUUAAAGCAUUGAUUGCUGCAGAUGUCAAUGUUAACGCAAUUAUUAAUGAUGGCCAAACUGCUUUGCUUUAUGCUGUCCAGCAACAAAACAACGAAGGUGUAGUGCGAGCAUUGAUUAAGGCUGGGGCUGAUGUCAGUAUAACUGACAAGUAUGGAAAAACUGCACUAUUUUAUGCUGUCCAAAUGACUUGGCGCGGUGAAGGUGUGGUGCGCGCACUUAUUGAAGCCAAUGAGGACAUUUUAACUGUCAAAGACAUUUAUGGCCGUACUGCAUUAUUUUACAUUAACUUGGGAUCUUCAAAGGCAGCCAUUGAGUAUCUUCUCGAAAAGGGAGGCAUCAAAUGUCUUCGCUUGAAAGACAAUUGCAAUGUCGAUAUCUUAACGUUUGCUAUUGAAAACUAUAUAUCUGAAACAGGGAUGUAUGAUUCUUUCAAGGGUGGAAUCCUGGAUAAGCUCACAAAACAAGGAAUUAUAAAACGCGAAAGUGUCGCUCGGGCAAUGAUAAAUAUCAUGUUUAGAAAGUAUGUUGCUGAAGUCCUUAACAGUUCAAAUAUUGAAAUAUCCUCUUACAACCUCAGGAAUUUUGAAGGAUUAUCUUGCUUAUAUAAGGAAAAUGUGGAUUACAAUGUGUGGGAGAGAACAAAGAAAAUGGAAAGUUUUUUGGCAGUGUUGAGGGAAGAUUUCCGCGGAACGUCUAAAGCUCUUGAAUUACUAGUUGAGUUGGGUGCGGAUCCAGACAGUGCAGACUCCGAUGGUAAUACUGCUCUGCACCUCACAGCUCGUUCACCAUUGAUGGGUGCUUCCAAAGAAACUGUUAUGGACUUAUGUAAGCAAUUGAAGAAGUUUGAAGUACGAUUUAAUGCUAGAAACCAUGAAAAUCAAACACCUCUUCUGUUUUGCCUCAGUCAAAUAACGGGAAACGAUUCGCAGUCGCCAAUAAAGACCGUAGUGAAAGUUUGCAGAUUUCUAGUAAAAAAUGGAUCCAAUAUCGAGGAGACAUCAAGAACUGGAGAGGCUGUUUUCCAUUUUAUGAUGAAGCUCUUCCAAGGAAGUCUUAAACUUUAUGACACGACUGCAAGACAGGAAGUACUGAAUUAUGUGAUCGAACUUCUGCAGUUGUUUGUACAUACAGAAUCUGCUAAAGUAGCUGUCAUUAAAUCU